AUGGCUGCUAUCGGCUCGCUCGUCUUUUGCACAGACUGUGAGAACCAAGACACCGGCACCAAGACGAUUUUGACAAAAAGCAAGCCUUCCGAUUUCCCGUCGUUUCUGCGACAGAAGCUCCAGUCCAACGUGCAAAAUGUCGAGCGACACACCAUACAAAGGGGCAGCAAAGCGGACGAGACAUGCCCAAAGUGCGGCGGUACUCAAGUGACAUACGCAAACGUCCAGCUUCGCGGUGCGGACGAGGGCUCUACCGUUAUCUACACCUGCGAAUGUGGAGAAUCAUGGCAGGAGAACAAUUAG